UUAUCGUACUAUGGGCAGCAGCACCAAAACAACACCAGCUGACUGCAGCCGCUGCCCCGCCCCAGCGGCUAGCCCCCGCCCUCAAACACUGAAGAACUAGGCCCCAUAAAACACCCACGAAGAAGAAGAAGAAGAAGACUGCCUUCCUGCAGAAGUCUGGGCAACUCGACAGGAUUUAAUCCCCACCUUGGUGACGGAACGACAAUCUUAAAACAACUGAUAGCAUCUACCACUGACGGGGCUCUGGAGGCCGUGGUCCCACAGCCUAACCAGACCCAUAAAUAAGGUGAAAUGAAUGCCAUAGUUUCUCUAUGCCACUUCUGUGAGCUCCAUGGUCCCAGUGUUGUUUUCUGCACUCAAACCUUUAGAGACUUGCUGGGCUUCAACAUUAUAGCUGACAUAGAAACUUCAGAAUUGGAAAAUCUAAGAAGUAUUCAAGAUGAAGAAAAGGCAAAGGAUGAAACUGCUAACAUGUGGAAGUAUGGGAAAAUUCACAUAGACUUCGAAACCCAAGCACAAAAUGAGACUCCUACCUGUGUGGCUUGUCGCUCAUUUCUACACACAAAGCCUGGGUACAUCAGCAACGAUGAGCCUGCUAGAGUCAGCUACAUCAGCUCUCAAUAUCCAUUGCAGCCAGAGUUGUACAUCCUUGUUCGGCAGGCUUGUAUAAGGUCCCUCAGCUGUGAGGUGUGUCCAGGAAAGGAGGGUCCCAUAUAUUUUGGUGAUGAAGCACGAGGACAUGUUCUGUCCUACACCUUCUUCUUGAGAGAUGUACAAGCCAGGGGCUUUAAGAGAUGGUACAGUAUCAUGGUGGUCAUGAAGGAUAAAAUGCUUCUACUGAAUUCAUGGCCAUUUAUUGUCAAACACCUCAAGAAAAUCAUCAGUAACCUUCAAGAUAAUGCUUCAAAAAUAUAUGAAACUGAGGAAUCAAAGGUGAGCCACCGAGCAUUGAGAUCUGCAGCUGUCAUGAUGGAUAACUUCCGCAAACAGCGAGUGGCAGGCCAGCCCAGGUCCUUGAGUGAAAUGGUUGGAGAGGAGGGAGUGUGGCAGCACCUCCACUCCUCUUUCACAUGGCUUCUGAAGGCAAGUGGACUGAAGCUCCAAGAAAGACUGGUAGAGGGACCUCCUGUUAGCACUUUCGUGGAAAAUUCCUCUGUUGAUUGUGAAGGAUUGAAUAUCCAGCAGUCCUACAACAUUUUGGGAAGCACUACUUUCCACCAAUUAGUGCAUCACCUGUUGAUUGGCAGACAAGUAAUUUUGAGAGGAGGUUCUGAGGUCAUUGUAUCUGCCUUAAUCAAGAGUUUGCAGCCUCUGCUUCCAAAACACUGCUACAGGGCAGUCCACUACUCUCCUCACUAUGUUGACAGUGCUUCAUGUAAUAUUCUGGGCCUUCACUCUUUGGUCAGUAUUCCCCAAACUGUCAUGUCACUGGGAAACAUCUGUGUCAUAGACUUGGUGCCUAAAGGAGAAAUCAUUGAGGGCUCUAGCAAGUCAAUACUGAAAAGUUUCUCUAGUGUCUAUGACACAGACACUAUGGGCCAUGAAGCACACAAGGUUGAGCAGAUGAAUGUUACAAAUAUAGAGGAAACUAUCAAGAACUACACAGUAAGGCUUACUCAAGAAGGACCAUUGCCAGCCAAACCCCCCCAAAUCCUGAAUCGCAUAGAGUCAGCUGUCAGCAACCCUGCUUUGACUUACACUACACUAUGUAUCUGUUUGUCCACAAUAAUAUAUGAAUGGAUUAAUAAGGUGAAAGUAUGGAUUCAUGUUAAAAAUGAAAAGAAGAUUCUGCAUGUCUACCCGGAGGGGAGCCCCUUUCCUAAUACCUCACAAGCCAACCAUGGGAGUUUAUCGUUCCCCAUCUUAUAUAGCCCACCACAUUCCUUGGCCAGCUCCCCAGUGAUCUCAACCCUUCGAAGCAUGUCCCCUGGAGGGCUUGGUGAAAGACAACAAGAAGUGACACAUCAGGAUGAAAGAUCUCAAUUAUUGGCUGCCAUAGGGUCAACAGAAUGGGACAUACCUUUGCUGGAAUUUUGGGCUAAGAAUUUUGAAAUGAAUAAUUUCUAGGAGAAUUUUUAUGAGGUAGAGGUGAUAGAAGAGUACUGAUGAUUGCUAUCACACAAGAUAUUCACAGGUCAUUACUUUUUCCAGUGCUCAGACUGACUAGGACAUUACAUGGGCAAUGAAGAGACUGAGCCAAGUUUUCUUUGUGUGUUCUUAGUACAGUGGAACCUCAGUUCUUCAACUUGAUUCCUUCCUAAAGGCUGUUCGUAAACCUAUUUGUUUGAAUACUGAACCAUUUUCCCGUAGGAAUUACUGUGAUAUGAAGUAAUCUCCCCAUUACACAGAAGAUAAGCAUUUUUACCAUUGACAGCAUUGUUUCAGUGAACACAGACAACAUUACAAAAUCAGUAAUGUCAAUCAUUAUCUAUAUUUUCCACAAACGAAAAGAACUAUAGGACACAAAACAGCUGCACACACACACACACACACACACACCUGGGGAAACAUAAAAGCAGCAUUUACAUGUUUAGAUGAAGAAACUAAUAACAUCGAUGAUACGUCCAAGACUUGAAUAUGCAGCAUUAGUGUGGUCACCUAGAUUGAAGAAAGAAAUUAGAAAGUUGGAAAGAAUACAAAGAGCAGCGACUAAAUUACCGGUAACUCUGAGAGAACAUACUUAUGAAGAAAGACUGGAGAAAUUGGGACUAACAACACUGGAGAGAAGAAGAGAGAGAGGGAACCUAAUAGCAUUGUACAGGAUACAAGAGGGAUUGGAGAAAUUGGACAGGGAAGACCUAGUGGUAUGUGACAGAAGUGUGACAAGAGGCAAUGGUAAGAAAUUGAAGAGCGACUGUAGGAGACAUCAAUAAAUAGUUUUCCAUACAGAAGCAUAACAACAUGUAACGGACUUGACGAGGAGACUGUGUGCAAAAACAAUUCAUGAAUUUAAAGCCAAACUGGAUAAUAAGCGUUAUGGAGACGGGACAGCACGAGCCUAGUAUGGCUCUUUUCCUGUAUUUAACAACUAGGGGAAUACACAUAAUGCUUAGCUCUGGUUGCUGGAGGAGGAGAAGCAGGAGCUGGCGUGAGUGUCGGGCUCGGCAGGGGACGUCCACGAUGGGAAAGGGGCGGUCCUGGUGAUGGACAGACGGGCGCUGCUUGAUGUGGAGAGGGAGCAGCUCGGGUGGUGUGAAGAGGCAGGCGCUCGUCGUGAUGUAGGGAGCAGCUUGGGGCAGUGGUAUAUCGGCCACCAGGGCAGUCGAGGGGCAGGUUACCCCGCCAUACAAGUUCCCAUCCUGUAGUCCGUCUCACACAGCAGGCCGUGGGUGGUUUUUCGGGGGGGGGCUGAGUGGAGAGAUGGACACC